AUGAGAGUCCAAAGCAUCGCUCUCUUUCUCGGUCUAUGCACCGCAGUCCUCGCAGUCCCUCAUAAGCCACAGAACGAAAGGCGUAUGUGGAAGAACUGGCAAGAGCCAUCCAUUACCACUGUGACGCCGACGCCGACGCCCACACCCCGGCCGACUCCCACUACGCCACCAGGUGACGACGAUGAUUCUGGGGAAUUUCCAUUCCCAUGGCCCACCGAGUGGCCACCAAUCUUCGACAACUUCCCUGAUAUUGGAGACAAUGACGAUUCAAGCUCCGGUGAUAUGCCUGAUGGCAAGGACAGAUCUACUUCUGGGACUCCAGAUGCUGGGGGCAACGAGCGUCUUCGGAAGGGAUCGAAGUAG